AUGGCCGACGAAGCUCCCCAACAAUCAACUUCCAAAUUAGAUAAUGCCGGUACGCUCUUACAGUCCGUCUCGACGUCUAUGAUCCAUGAGAAGGUAUCGAUAUUACCAGGACACGAACCUGAUUAUUCAGCCUGUACAUUCUGUCUUUGGCAGGAGGAUCAUACGUUGGGUAAUGCUCUGAGGUGGAUAAUAAUGAAAGACCCUGAUGUAGAAUUUUGCGGAUACACUGCUCCUCAUCCUUCAGAACCCAAGAUCCAUUUACGUAUACAGAUGUAUGACGGUUUAUCAGCGGUAAAUUGUUUGAGAAAGGCAUUAUCAAAUCUACGUGAUUUAUUCAAUACGAUCGAUAAAUCGUAUAAAACCAGUUUGAGAAACGACAAUUAUAUAAGAGAAGAUGAUAUAGACGUUCGAGCAGCUGUAGAUGAGACUUUGAGACAGAGAGGUUUCCCCGUAGAAGGUGAUGAUGAAGGUAUGGAUCUGUCUUAG